GGAAACGGUGUUGUUGCGUUGUGUUGCACGGCAAAUCAUUAACCCCGGACGAGACUUUGGUCUCGUCAACUCAGCCGGUGCGGUGUCCGUAACCCAUUCCUGCGCAGCGACAUCGUCCGCGCGCCUCCCGCGACAGCGCCAUGUCCGAGCCGGCAGGAGACACCGACACCGACGUGGAUGCGGCGGCCGCCAACGGCGGGGGUCUCCCGCAAGGCCGUGGCGCUGCGCCCCCGCCAAACCCGGACCCCCUGGAGGGCGACGUGGACCUCUGGUGGUUUGAGAAGCCCCGGAGCUCCACCCUGUGCUUUUUCGCGUCGGUGGGUCUCUCCGUCGCUUGCAUGAUCGGGGCCGUCGUCAUCAUCGUCGAUGUCUCGUACGCCCAGGUGAACUGGCAGUUUGGCGCGGCCAUCUUCCUCUGCAUGUGGAGCUUCCUGGUGGUCUUCAAGCUGCUGGUCAUCUCCACCGUGCAUCACAUGAGCUUCGUCUAUAGGAGGUCAACCGUGAGCUUCCUGAUGGACGGAGGAGGCCUCGAUGUCAUCAUCUUCCUGCUGAGCGGAGCCGGCGGCGUCAUAGCGGGCUCUGCGAUGCUCGUUGUCGCGCAACAGAGAAACUCCGGGGCGGCCGCCUGGACAGCCAUGCACGGGGUCGCGGUCGUCCUCCUCGCCGGUGGCGGCAUCAUCCUCGUGGCCACGGUGGUGUACGGCGUCACGACACGCGCCUUCGUGCUGCUGGCCUCGUGCAUGGUGCUCACGACAAGGCGGCUCCUGGCCAGGCUCGCCACGACCAGGGAGGGCCCCGCGGCCACGCAGCCCGUUGAACAAACGGCCAGCACGGCCAACCUGGUCGUGUAGCGGACAAACGGUGAUGACCCUCUGAUAGGCAACCACGCAUCACCACUCACCGUGGUGUUAUCCGGUAAUAGCACAACAUCGAACGAGGGUUUACCCCAAGCCAGCCAGAUGGCUGCUCAGUAUAGAGCGAGCGACUCACAUUUGGAAGAUUGGAAGUUAAAAUCCUGGUAGAAGGGCUUGACUUGGCCCAUUAACCUUUCAGGGUCGAUAAAAAUGAGUUCCACUUUGUGGGGAAAGAUAUCUGCGGGUUGUCUUAUCGGUAGACACCAUGCGACUAAUUUCCACCACUGGCUCUGCAGGGCUGUAAACGGGAAAUUAGCACCAAUGCCUCAAUGCCCAAUGUGAGCAGGAAAUAACUUUUGACUUUUUUCUUAUAUUUAUCGUUUCCGAUGCGAUGCCUGGGCCUCCUUUCCUCUCACAAACGCACAGAGGAGCAAACGUUUCGGUACAUGCCGGUAUUGUAUACCGGCGCUUCUCUGAACACCAAACACGCACGUGUCUACCCGCACUUUCAGGAUGCUUCCUAUUCCUACAACGCAACCCUUCUGCAGAGGGGAAACAAAGGGCAUCGAACGUGUGCUGCUGCAAGGACGAAUCGACUUCAUACCGGCUCUUCUGCAUUCAUGCCACCGCCCCUAACGCGUCGAUGUCGCAUCACGGUUUCCAAACUGCACGUGCGUCUCGGUGAUUGCGGCGACCGCUAGAUAUCACGCUCAAGUGGCAGGGCCGCACGGGAUCAAGUGAUCCUAAGUGAGUAGUCCUGGAACGGCGCGCGUGCCGUAGACGAACAGCUCCACCGGGCGUCGUUUGUGGGUCCAGCGUGCCGUGGUCGGCCUUGUAGCAGCAGCAUCAGCGUGAGCGUUUGUCAGCUUGGGGAACUCUGAAGUCCAGGUGGCCGACCUCUGAUCGUGACCUGGGACCUACGGGACGCGGCGGCGUGACCCGUCACCUCGUUUACGGCCGCAAGUGCCAUCCCUUGGGGGUUCAGCCAUCUCCGAGUGCAGUGGCUCCCCACCCCGUGCCGCAAAGCCCCCAUGGGGAAGUGGCCCCCUUGAAACUGUCGCGGAAAUUUGUGUUCACAAAGCAGCUAUUUCUUGUUGCUGCCCAUUGCACAAAUGAAUUAUAUAUUUGGAUGUAUGUUGAAGUUCUUUUGCAUCGUACGUAGCCAACCGUGCGGAUUGGAGGUGCGAUGAUCGUUUAUCGAGUUUUAGAGCCAGGCUGGCCAGGAUUGGGUAAGGAGAGCACCACUUUUCAGCCAGUCAACUGGAGAUCACACACUUAGAUAUUUAUUGACUUCUCACUUUAACAAGAAUGACAUUUAAUAACAUGACAAUUACAUAUAUUUGAAUUGUCAAAUACAUAAUUGAUGUUAGAUUUUUUAAAAUAUUAAUCAAGACAGCAGGUGCAUUCGUUAGAGUGGUUAGAGUGGUUGUAAGUCUGUAAAAUGUUACGGGUGCGCGUGGUCCGUGUAAAAACAUUAUGGUUGAUGGUGACGCGCGGAUCUAGAGUGGCCGCGAGCCACAAACCGAGUCGUCGAAUCUCAACGAGUCUGUGUUUUUUAAAUUGUUCAUAUGAUCACAUGGAGUCACUUUAUAAACAUGGAAUUUACGGAA